AGAUGCAAAAGCAAAACAUGGAGGCCCCGCCGACGCUCCACGAAAUGCACCAGAAGCGCUUGACGCAGCCGUCGAUGCGCGAGGUCUUCCAAUCGGAACUGACGCGCCGAGGGUCGAGAGACCUGGCGGCCAUGCAGCUCCGGCCAAAGGACAACAAGCGAUUGCUGCACAGUGCGUCGCGUCGCACGCGAACGCUCAAGAAGCUCCAAUCGGUGCCCAAGUGGUGGCACAUUCACCGGUACUUGGAGUCGACCGCGCCGUUUCGGUGGCGCUGGGACAUCUUGAUGCUCUUGCUCCUCUUCUACACGGCUCUCCUCGUCCCGUACGAGAUUGCCUUUGUGACCGAGACGUCGGUGACGGCGCUGUCCGUCGUCAACAAUAUGGUCGACGUUCUCUUUUGCCUCGACAUGCUCUUCAACUUUGUCACGCCGUACGUCGACAAGGCGACGAACGCGGUCGUUGACGAGUACGGGCUCGUGGCCAAGAACUACUUGCGAGGCUGGUUUCUCAUUGAUUUUGCGUCCAUUUUUCCCUUUGAGACGCUGUCGUCCAGCGACAGAAGUAGCGAUUCCAACACGCCCGCGCCCUCGAGCCGUCUCGUCGUGCUGCGCAUUCUUCGUAUCCUUCGCAUCAUGAAGCUCAUGCGCGUCUUUCGCGCCAACCGGAUCGUCGCGCGCUGGCAAGCCCGCCUCGACUUUCCAAUCGCGCUCUCCAAGCUCAUUUCGUUCACGUUCGGGAUCCUCGUGCUCGCCCACUGGCUCGCGUGCGUCUGGGGCACGACGCCGCAGUUUCAGCACAACUUGGACGCGUUUGGGAACCUCCAAGAUUGGACCGUCGCGUACGGUAUCAACGGCAGCUCGCCGCCGACGCAGUACAUUGCGUCGCUCUAUUGGUCCGUCAUGACGAUCGGCACGAUUGGGUACGGUGACGUGUCGGUCGUCACGUCGGCCGAGCGGAUGAUUGCGAUCCUCUGCAUGAUCAUUGGCUGCGGCAGCUACUCGUUCAUCAUUGGGUCCAUUUGCGGUCUUGUCUCGGGCCUGAGCGAAGCCACGACCGAGUUCAACCAGAAAAUGGACCAUCUCAACAUGUACAUGGCUAAAGAAGACUUGCCGCAAGAGAUGAAAGUCAUGUUUCGAGAAUACUUUCUCCACAUGCGCGACCAAAUGCACCACAAGUACUUUGCCCACGCGCUCGAUACGCUCUCGCCGGGCCUCCGCGGCGAAAUCGAGCACAUUCGGUUUGUGACGGCCAUCACGCAGCGCCUCGAGCCGGUCCUGUACCCGCCCAACGAAGUCAUGAUCCACAUCGGUGACGCGACCGACGUCUUGUACAUCAUUUCCCGCGGGCUCGUCGCCCGGCUCGGACGCCUCUUUGGGAAAGGCCACUUUGUCGGCGAAGACAUUGUGCUCAACCAUGGCGUCCGGCACUACGAGGUGCGGACGUUGACGUAUGUCGACACGCUCGCACUGCGCCGGGACGACUUGAACGCCGUCCUCGAGACGGGCACGUUUCCGUUCAAGAAGGCGCGCAUUCGCCGCGCAUCGAUCUUGCUCGCGAUCGCGCGCAAGAUGGAGUACCUCCUCGACGAGCUUCGCUACAAACGCAAUCGACCAGCGUACAACUGGAGCGCCGCGCAAGAGUGCGAGUGGUUUCGCGCCCACCUCUUCAACGCGGACGCGGCGAGCAUGCGGACAGAGAACCGGUCGGUCGUCCACGCGAUCAAGCACACCCAGAUCGCGCUCGCGGCCCUCGAUCGCAUCGGCCUCCUCGACGGCACGCUGCGGGACCGCGAUGAUUUUUAUGCCAUCAACAUGGCCAUCAAGACGAGCCUGACCAUGCUUUCGAACGCCAUGCACACGAACCCAGGCACGUCGUGA